AUGAUUGCAAAGACAAGGAAAAGUGUGUUUGCGAUGAUAAGAAGAAGUAUGACUGGUGUGAUUAUGAUAAGAAGAAGUAUGACUGGUGUGGUUAUGACGGAAAUUGUUAUUAUUCGAGUGAUGAAAGUUGUGAUUAUUGUGACUCAGAUUCAUCAGAUUGGAAGUUUAAAUUUUAUCCUUGUGAUGGUUAUUAUUGUGAUAAUGAACCUGUGUUUAAGGAUGGAUGGUCAAUCGGUGACUGUUCACCACCCUAUUACAAAGAUAGAUGCAUUAGAGUGGUAA